AUGCCUCCCAAGCGAAUGACGGCAAACCCCGUCCGCCCGGGGCGCCACUUUGCCGGCAAACCCACCGGCGCCGCCUCCUCGUCCUCCGAGUCCGACAGCGACGACGACAACGCGCCCGCGGCCGCCGCCCCGAAGCGCAAGGUGCCGCCCCCGCCCAAGGCAGCCAGCGCGGGCAAGAUCAUCAGCCGCGGCCUCGGCAGCAUAGAUCUCAACGCGCGGCGGCAGGAGCUUGAGAAGGAGGCUGAGGAGCGGCGACGCGCCGCGCAGCGUGCCGAGAAGCUCGCCGCCGAGCAGGGCUUCGUGACGGAGGAUGAAGAUGAGGAGAGCGAAGGCGAGGAGGAGGACGAGGAGGACGAGAGCGGCUCUGAAGAGGAGGAGAGCAGUAGCAGCGAGGAAGAGGCCCCGAGACGACUCAUGAUGCGCCCCAAGUUCGUACCCAAAAACCAACGUAACGGCGCCGGCGCCGGCAAGGACCGCCCCGACGACGAAGCCGCACGCCUCGCCGAGGAAGAAGCCAAGAAGAAGGCCGCGGCCGACGCCCUGGUCGAAGAGCAGAUCAAGAAGGACCUCGCCGCGCGCGCCGCCGGCAAGAAGCACUGGGACGACGAGGAGGACCCAGACUCGGACGUGGACACGACGGACGGGCUCGACCCGGAGGCCGAGGAGGCGGCGUGGCGCGUGCGCGAGCUCAAGCGCCUGCGCCGCGCCCGCGCCGCCAUCGAGGAGCGCGAGCGCGAGCUCGCCGAGGUGGAGCGCCGGCGCAACCUCACGGCCGAGGAGCGCGCCGCCGAGGACGAGGCCCACCUGGCGCGCCAGCGCGAGGAGAAGGACAGCAAGGGCAAGAUGAGCUUCAUGCAAAAGUACUACCACCGCGGCGCCUUCUUCCAGGAGGAGACCGAGGCGGCGGGCCUGCUGCAGCGCGACAUCAUGGGCAGCCGCAUCCAGGACGACGUGCGCAACCGCGAGGCCCUGCCCGAGUACCUCCAGCGCAGGGACAUGACCAAGCUGGGCCGCAAGGGCGCCACAAAGUACAAGGACAUGCGGUCCGAGGACACGGGCAGCUGGGGGCAGUUUGACCGCGGGGCCGGACGAGGGGGCGGGCGUGGUGGAGGUGGACGGUUCGAUGGCGAUGACCGGUUCAGGCCGGAUGACGACAGGUUCAAGCCCGACGAGAGGGACGCCAAGGGCGCGAACGCGAUACCCCUGGGAGACCGCAAGGAGAGGCGCGAUGACGACAGACGAGAUCGGGGCGACAGUUACCGCCGGCGCAGGUCACGGACGCGGUCGCGGUCGCGGUCGCCGAGGCGGGAUCGCGACGAGGACUACAGGCGGAGCCGCAAGAGGAGCACAUCCCGAGACGGGGACCGCUCCGACGGGGACAAGAGACGGCGGGUGGACGUCGAGGCAGACAGAUGA